GGUGAGAGAGAGCGAGAGAGGGAGGGAGAGAGACACAGAGAGAGAGACAGAGAGGGAAAGAGAGAGAGAGAGCAGGGUGCAGCGUUGCCACCAACAGGACUGGAUUCAAAAAAUAUAAAUCAAGAUCAAGGGAGCAAAGCAGGAAACAUCAGCUGCGGAGGACAAACAGUGGAUUUCUCUCUUUGGACCUUCGCAAACACGGACCCUCCGCGUUGCUGCUUUCCAAUGACUGUUUGAGGAGAGAAGCGGACAAACGUGUCCCCGCUGAGGACGGGACCUCUGAGGCUCAGCGACAACAAUGCACCGCGUCCCCACCGGGAGACCACGGCUGGAUCACACACACACACACACACACAGCACACACUUGUGAUCGUGGCGUCUUCUCCGUGUUUACUUGUUGAGACAAGUGUCUGUUAGAGUCUGAGCCCGCGAUGCCUGCGCGGAGGAACAGGUACAACCUGGUGGACGAUGUGGCGGACUCGAGGCUGCCGCUGCACAACGAGGAGGCGUAUCAACACGGGAUCUCCUUCCAAGCCAAGUACGUGGGAAGCCUCGACGUGCCCAGGCCCAACAGUCGGAUGGAAAUUGUGGCGGCCAUGAGGAGAAUCAGGUAUGAAUUCAAGGCCAAGAACAUCAAGAAGAAGAAAGUGAGCAUCGUGGUGUCUGUGGACGGAGUUAAAAUCCUACUGAGGAAGAAACAGAAGAGGAAAGAGUGGACCUGGGAUGAGAGCAAGAUGCUGAUCAUGCAGGAUCCCAUAUACAGGAUUUUCUACGUGUCUCAUGACUCCCAGGACUUAAAGAUCUUCAGCUACAUCGCACGAGAUGGCUCCAAUAACUCCUUCAGAUGCAACGUGUUUAAAUCCAAGAAGAAGACUCAGGCCAUGCGUAUAGUGCGGACGGUGGGUCAGGCCUUCGAGGUGUGCCACAAGCUCAGUCUGCAGCACGCUGAGCAGGAUGCAGACGGACAGGCCGAUGGGCAGAGUGAUAAAUCAACAGAGGAGCCCAGCAGUGAUGGGCGUAAACUGACAGGAGCAGAGCAAGGGGAGGAAGAGGAGGAGGGCAAACACGGAGGAAGGCGAGGAGAGGAUUCUUUGGCCGGCACUUCACUGUGUGAAAAGGCCGUCAGUGAAAUUUUGCAGAGUCUGGCUGAACUGAAUGUGGUGAAACCUGGACAGACCAUCAUGGACUUUGAUCGACGGUCCGUCUUCACUGUGACGUCUCAAGGCAUCACUCCCAGCAGCCCCUGCUCUCCGUCUCUCACUCCGCUGGCGUCGCAGCACUUCCUGCAGCUUCUUCAGCAGCAGCUGCAGCAGCAGCAGCAACAGACACAGGUGGCCGUCGCACAGGUGCAGCUGUUGAAGGAUCAGAUGGCAGCAGAGACCGCCGCCCGUAUGGAGGCCCAGGCCCGCGUGCACCAGCUGCUGCUGCAGAACAGGGACCUGCUGCAGCACCUGGCGCUGCUCGUGCAGCAGCUGAAAGAGCUGGAGACCAGUUCCCCAAAGACGGCACAACCAGAGCCGCCCCAGCAGGAGCCUCAGGAGAACGGACACAAUGCUCAGCAGUCAUCCGUCUCUACGUUAGCAAAGUCCCUGUCUCUAAAUCUGAAGAAUCACUACAACCAGACCUCGGACCAGCUCAUCACCUCCACGCCGGCAUGGCAGCUGCAGACCUCCCCCCUCUCGCAGGUGGACUGCGGCGAGUCCUACCUCAACCUGCUCAACCUGGAGAACUGCGGCACAUCGGCCGCGUCAAUCAACGGGAGCCUGGACCCGUUCAUCAGGGCCAACGGGGCAGCGGACGACACGGAGAGGUCCUGCAGUGAGAUCGUCCCGUUCACAUCGAGAAACUCUGACAACAUGGAUGAGAAGUGUAAACAGACAAUCCCCAAACUUGACCCUCCACCACCCUCCCUGAGCCGCAAGCGGGCCAGCAGAACUCUGUCCCCUGGGUCAGAAUUCACAGCUGCGCCCACGCCCGAAGAGGUCGCCGCUAACGAUGCGACCCCGAGCCGCAGCAGCAGCCUCUCAUUCCCGGACACCACCCCCAGCUCCCUGUCGUCCGCCGACUUCCACUCCCUCAGCAACGGGGAGAGCAGCUCUUGCUCGACCAGCGAGGACUCAGGGGUUCGCUCUGAGACAAAGUCCCUGCUUUCGCCUCUGCGCGACGACGACGACCUGUUCGGGGACCGCGGGACAUUUUUGACGGCCUCCAGCGGCUGUGACAGUCCCUUGGAGGAGAGAAACGAAGCGGUUGCCUCUCCCGCCGGGUCGUACCCUGCCGAGCCCCAUGCCCUCGCCUCACACUCGGACACCUAUGAGCACCCACUGCCCUUCUCCUCUCCUGCGGAUGAUACCUGCCUUCACAUCAGUUUCUCUGAGGACGAGCUACUAGAGAGCAGCCAGGAAGACCCAAAUGUCCCCCAGCGGAGUUAGGACGGGCUGACAUUCCCCUGAAGACCUCGUCACUAUGUUCUUCAAUCAGCUUUUAAUGCAGUACUUACUGUCAGACCCUCUUGUGUUUGCACUGGGCUCCAUUUCAGGACCUUUAAUUAUUCUGUCCACUUGUGACACAGUACAGACAUAGCAUUAAUAACUAAGUGUAUGAAUAAAAUUAGCCAUCGGACAGAUUUAGUAUUUUUGUAAUGAAAUUAAUCAUCUUAUUUACUUUUUAGUAACUAGAAUGUUGAGCAGAAAACAUGUAGCAACUCUUGCACUGUUAGCCCCGCGGUAUACUUGCUGUUUAACAACGCGUACGCAACUGGCUGCGUCGUCAACGUUAUUGUUCACGUACUUGCUUUAGGUGCAAUGCGUGUUACUUGAGGACUCCAGCAGAGGGCCCACCACAGAACUCAAAGAUUAUAGAGCACUCUGGCCAAUGUUAAGAUCAAGACGGAAAAGGCGACGAUUGCGAAUUCGAAGGUGGUAUGUCAGACCCCUAAAUCAGACAUGUCGUGAAAACGGCAAGCUUACUCGUCGUUCCCACUGACCCGGUCAAGGACUCGCUACUGCCCCUACAUUCAUGUGGGUAUUGCAUCUUGCGUAUGUGUCACGUUAAUUUCUUAAGACGCGCACAACCGAUGCACCAAACAGACGAAGAUUAAGUGAGUCAGCCAUCGUGCGUACGCGUAGUUUAGAUACGCUUGUAUCUCCGGCCUUAGUCACCCAUCAUUUACCGUAAGACGAUAAGGGAAUGCAUUUUAUUUUUGCUAGUAGUCGACAUUAAAACAUUAUUUUGUAUGAUGCUUCGCUGUGGUGCAAACUGAUGUUUCUGCAGAUUUCACAGUGAUGAUGAUGAUGGUGAUCUUGGGAGGAGCCUUGUUUUCUGAAAAGCACCUGUUGGGAUGAUGGGUGGAAAGAAAAGAACAAGGAGGUCAGAAGAGGGGGAAAAAGGCAAGAAUUGGAGCAUAGUUUGGGUUUAUGCAGGUCCACUUGUGGCUGUGCAGUAGGUUUUUGUUUUAUCGGAGUUGAGUUGGUUCCAGCAUGUGUUGUGCUACUUGUAUUUUUGGUUUUGUCAGAAUUAGCCAAAGGGAAUUUGUAUUCUGUGUUACUGAUUCUGUAUGUAGCAUGAUUGCAAUCCUUCAAAACAGAGGGAUUUGUCGUUGAAUGAAAACGAUUUAAGUUUUGUGAGACAACAGAGGAAGAAAGCAAACCCUCAGAGAGCUAACGGCUUUGAAAGCUUUGAAUUGCACCUUCGUGAGUGGGAAGUCAGUUAUAAAACGAAGCCCCGGGCUCAGUGGGAAGAUAAUUGGGGAGUCACAUAGCGCCUUGGAGAAUGACAGCGUGGCAGAUGGAUUUUUAUCUUUUCUUUCUCCUGAAUGACAAGAAAAUUUGUUUCUUUUUAAAGCUCUCAAGACAAUUACAAUGACAUUGCUGCUGCACAUGGAGUUUAUGUUUUUAGUUUUUUUAGUUUUUUCUUAAUCUAAAUGUUGGGAACAUUGUUUUGACCAUAUUAUUGUUAAGUAAUAUAGAGCUGCAACAGUUAAUCAAUUAGUAGGUCAUACUAAAAUAUUAAUUUGCAACUGUUUAGAUAAUAGAAAUUAGAAAAAAUAGAAACAAAUUAACCAUGGUCCUUUUUAAUCAAAAAUGGGACCAAUGAAACCAUAAACUGAUCAGUCAGUUAACAGAAACAAUUCUGUUGAUUAGUUUCACUUUAUCUCAAAUGUAAAUAUUUGCUGAAUAUUGAAGAUAUUUAUAAAUCUGAACAUAUGUAGGUUUUUCUUUUAUCGAUAUGAUAAAUCGGUGGGGAAAAUAAUCAAGAAAAUACCCAGGUAUCCUAACGAUGAAAAUAAUUAGUUUACAUCUUAGAGCUGAAGACGUAGCGGAAAUUCCUGUUUUUAACUUGUGUGGCAAGAAUCUAGUGCACUGUUUAAUAAUGUUGAAUUUAAUUUAAUGCAGAGUUUUAACCUCUGACAGGUAGAAGUGACAAUUAAUGAACGCGAGAGGAAAAGCAGCUGAGGUGAGAAGAGGGGGGGGGGUGUUAAGGUGCAGGUGUAAAAUUCCCACAAUCGAAUUUACACCGGGAGACGAGGCUUUUCUCAACAUCACCUGUAGCAGGGAGCUAAAAAAGCAAUAACACAUGGAAGAAAAAUGAAUAAAGAGGAAUACUCCAGCACUUA